CGGUAAUUACUGCGAAAAACAGCAAUAUUUCGAUAUCGCUUACAUGCGCAGGCCCUUCGACCAGAGAGCACAGUAAUCCUUAUUAUAAACUCGACCGGAACUAGUCGAAGCAGGGAACAUGCUGUUACUGGUGCCUCGGAUAAGCCCUGUCAAUCUGAACAUUCUGGGCAUUUCCUACUUGUAGAGACUUUUUUCAACGUCUGGUGUGGACCAUCCUUCCCCCUCCUUUCGGGAUAUGGGUGCCGACAAUUUCCUCGCAGGUGUCUCGCCGUGCACCUCGGCAGCCUAUCCAAGGAGGGACAAGAUGCAGGCUGGAUUUUCUGUGUCUUGGGUUUUUCUAGGCCUCCUGGCCGUUGCCGACUGGGCAAGGAAUGCCACGUGUGGCUGGUUUGCUAUGUAUUAGCUUGUGGCUCUGCUAGCAAGCCCUCUGGUCGGGCCAAUCGCUGACCUCUGAGCGACGCACCGCUUUCCAUUGGUUCCUUUUUAGCUCCUACGUCAAACCCCAUAAAUUUAAUGUGGCUGGCCUCGGAGGGAGGAGGCAGCACUUGUGUGUGGUAUUAGCUUACGGAGUAGAUAGACCUAGAACUAGUCCUUGCACUGCCGACAAACUAUCCGGAUACGUUGCAGUGUCGGGCAAGCCUCAAUGUACCGGUAGCGAUUCAUAUCUAAUCAGCCUCAUCCGCACAGGAGAAAUCCAGGCCAGGCACACAUAACCUUUUGUCUUGGCAUAGCCCUAACUAUCCACCUGUAUGCCCAUGCGUCU